AUGAUGUCAGAUUUUGCUGCGGGGGAUAUCGUGACCCUCACAAAGACGGUCUGGGACCUCUACCAUAGCUGCUAUCUCGUCGCCAGAGAUGCUCCUGACGGAUUUCGAAAGCUGGUUGAUGAGCUCGCAUCUCUGCAGGGCGUCCUCUGUACGCUACGCGAAGAUGUCCAGUCGAAUACCAUGUUCUUCGAGGAUCUAGGGGUCGAUCGCAAGCGUACCUUGCAACGAUGCCUGACAGGCUGCUUCAAGACCCUGCAACGCCUCAAGGAUCUGAUUACACGGUACAGGAAUAUGGGUGUCGGCGACGGUACGCAGUUCUGGCAGAAGGUUAAAUGGGCGACGCAACGGUGCCAGAUCGAUGAACUAAAAUCUAAGAUCAUGGUCCACAAAUGCAACCUCAGUCUGUGUAUGAGCUCACUUGGCAACUCGUCCUUAGAAAGAAUCGAAAAGUCCAUGAUCGAUGCGCUGGACCGAGAUCGCUCUCUCUCCGCCUCCGAGUCUCCUCCGCAGGAUGAAGAACCAUUUUCAUCCGCACCACAGAGGCGAUCUGCUUCUAUCGACAGUGAUGAGCAGAGCGAGAUUGAUCUGAGAUCCGUCGGCUACACGAUAUGCGCCCCUCCUUCCACCCCGGCAAUGCGCCCUUGCACCUCAACCUCUUCCGGUUCCCUUACGUCGACUCUGUCCGAUAGCUCUAGCUUUACCGGGCCUCCGGAGUCGCAGUCAGUCCAUUCAACGAAACUGUCUCUAAAGCGAAGCAGAACCGGCACAAGCUCGAAUUUUUCAUUUGCGACGCACGAUACAGGCCUGUUCGAGGCGCGGACUUUGGAAUCUGGCAGCAUGGAAUUUUAUCAAACAGCCCAGGAUACCUUUGUGUCCGAGAUUUAUGAGCCUUCCCUAUCCAAGAGCCCCGAUCAAUCCGCCGUUAUGGAUGCCGUCUCGCAUGCGAUGCAACAGCUUCAGCAAAUUCGACUGCGUGAUCAACUGCAUCGACCGCUUCGCUACGAACCGCGCGACAAGUUUCAUCAACCUUCUGCCGAGCUGGUCACAAAGUUGAAUAGCCUAGCACAUGAUCAGCUAAAGGUUCGAAGACUCAAUACGAAUGACUGGCUUCGUAUUGCUGUCUGGUGGUUGUUAAAGGCGCGAAAUACGCUGGCGAACUGUGAAAAACCCUGUCUUAUCAAUUCCAGAGGCAGUGUCAGCCCUUCUAUUAAUUCAGGCACUACCAGCCAUCAAGCAUACGUUGACCUUUUGAAAGCCUCAUACAUCCUGUACGACAUAGUUUUGGCAGAUGACGCUUCCCAAGCAGUCUUGUGUGAUGAAAACAGGAAGCUUAUUUCCGAUCUGUCCGAGGGUAUCAAUAACGAAUUCUCACAGUUCACCUCCGUCGAUAUUCCCGAGUAUUCAACAAUCUAUUCUCAAAAUCUCGAUAUAUGGGAGCCUUUGCAGCCUGAAGAAGAGCUGGGAAAUGAUGGCUAUACUCUACUCGGUCUAGACAAUGUGCGAUGGAUUGCGGUAGAUCAAGAGGAUGCCGGUAAUGAGGAGGAGAAUGUUCUUUUCCGAACAUUUGUGAAUGCCGGCAUCGGGAGCAAAAGACUUCGUAUGCGCACUAAAGGUGCGCCGUACAUGUUGUUGCUGUCGACGAGGGAUGGCGAAAGUGAGCCAAAAAUAACACUUUGUAACCAGAGUGGCACUCUCUGCUUACAGCGAGAUUUCGUUCCGGACGAUGUAGCUCAGCUUGUGCAAAUCUCUCACGCAUCCAUCAGUGGUGUCCCGGGUGCGAGGGUAUCAGAGCCCGUCAUCCUAAAGUUCGGGUCUCGAAGUGUCUCGAUAUCCUUCCAGUACAUGGCGGAUCUCAUGCAGUUUAUCAGCCUACCAAGGGCCUACUUCGACGCAGUUUGGCAGCGAGAGCCCGUGGACUCGACUGAAUUCUCAGAGACCGUCCUCUUCAAGAGCUCGCUGGAACUGUUUGAGCAAAUGAAAGCUGCCACCAUGAAACCCAUGAAUCCCCCUAUGGUGCAUGGAUCAUGCGAAGUACGUAUCUUGGAACGCUCCUUCGGCGAAGCCUGGCGAUCGGUCCGUCGACUCGUCAUCAGCUCCUCGGCGGCGGAGAAGAACCCUCGAUGCAUGGAGCUAUUCCUGCCCCUGAGCCGCGUCCAGGUCUGUCGAGAGCAAGACUCGCGUCAGGUACUGAUCAAAUGGUCGGACACCCGGCAGGAAAGGUCCACCAAGACAGACGGCAACUACCAUCCUAUUUUCUCAUGCGUCUACGAUCCCAACAACCCCAAUGUCGGUCUGAGCUUGCACUUCCGGACCCAGCAGCAGGCCGAGCAGUUCGAAAGGGUCGUCUUGACUUUGUGGCUCAAGCCCAGCUUCUGGUGGUCUCAAGCCGGUAAUCCAGGGCAGGUGUACGACGUGGUGGACCACACGCUCGACCAAAAGCAGUACAAGGCAAUUUCAGUCCUUCACACUCGGCUGUCCUGGAAAUACAUCCAUCUGUACUAUCUCUAUCGCGACGCGGAUUAUGCCUACGAGCAUGCGAAUCGCCGCGUCCAUUUCCCGCGCGUGUUCUACGCCGACUACAUCUCCUCGCACGCGGACAAGCUCUACCGACCCGACCGACCGGUGCAUUUUUCGCACUGCGAAAAGCGCAUCGGGAAUUUUACGGUCGCGUUCAAGGAGGAGUCUGCUCUUCGCGGAUUAAUGACCUCGCUCGCAUCGGCAUACGAGCUUGCAUUCUCCCGUCGCGCCGUCUCUCUUACAACCAGAGGGAAGAGCUUGUUUGGGUCGAAACGAUCCAGCAAAGGUGACACGGAGGUCCAGCUCUGGAGAAAAGGGGAUGUUAUUCAAUUCGCGUCGCGCUGGAACGAUCGCGUCACGGAUAAAUGGUUGACGAUGUCCCUGUCGCCCGGGGUUCUUCCGUCAUCGGACAGCAACCGAGUCGAAUUCCCGGCGGUAACGUAUUCGCGAGGGACGGCUUUGAAUAUGGCGACCAUCAUGGCGGGGGCACCGAAGGAUCCUAAUAAGUUGAGGAUGAAUGGGCCUAUCGCUGUCACGUUUUCAACCGUUCAAGAUCGAGAGGAGUUUAUGGAUAUUCUCACUGACAUUUCGAAUGGAUAA